CUCCUCCUUCCAAUACAACAACAACACGCCUAGGCAAAUCGGCAGAGCUCUCACCCAGUUUACGUGGGUCUCUCUCUCCCCACCCCCCUCUUCUUCUCCAUCAAAACCCUAAUUUCUCCAAUCCGAUCCGUCGUCUUUCCCCAAUUUCCACCGUCGAUUUUUGAGAAGAUCGAGAGGUUUUGAUAAUCUGCAGAGAUGUCAACCAUGUUCACCAGGAUUUUUGGGAAACCUAAACAGGAAAACAGUGCCCUAACCACCUUAGACAAGUUGAAUGAGACGCUAGAAAUGCUUGAGAAAAAGGAGAAAGUACUACAGAAGAAGGCCGCUGCAGAAGUUGAUAGGGCCAAGGAUUUCACCAAAGCAAAGAACAAAAGGGCGGCUAUACAAUGUUUGAAGAGGAAGAGGUUAUAUGAGCAGCAAAUAGAGCAGCUUGGAAAUUUCCAGCUGCGUAUCCAUGAUCAGAUGAUAAUGCUAGAAGGUGCAAAAGCCACAACCGAAACUGUAGAUGCCUUGAGAACUGGAGCUGCUGCAAUGAAGGCAAUGCAAAAAGCAACGAACAUAGAUGAUGUGGACAAGACUAUGGAUGAGAUUAAUGAGCAGACGGAGAACAUGAAACAGAUACAGGAAGCAUUGUCAACUCCAAUUGGUGCAGCUGCUGAUUUUGAUGAGGAUGAAUUGGAAGCAGAACUUGAAGAGCUGGAAGGUGCCGAAUUGGAAGAACAACUUCUUCAGCCAGCAACACAAGCUCCUGCAGCUCCAGUGCAGGUCCCAGCUGGAAGGCAACCAACUCGUCCUGCUCCCCAAAGGCGAACUGAAGAAGAAGAUGAAUUGGCUGCUUUGCAGGCUGAGAUGGCGCUUUAAGCAGCGGCAGGUCUGUGGUGUUUGCAGGUAUUCAUUCUUAUGAGUCAAGGCUAUGUAAAGGAUUGGUCUGAUUCUACAAACAGUGGAGAUUUCUGUUCCGAUCACGCAUCGUGAGUUUCUGUGUGGCUUCUUCAUUAUUAAAGAGAAUGUAUAUAAAGGUGGCAUAAAUUCAAACAGAGUCCCCUUUGAAACAUGUAUUCUGCUUUUCUCAGAUUUUUCUCUUUCUUCCUUUUUCUUUCUUUUAAGUUUACUUUUUGAACAUUUGUUCAAUGUUGUUCUGUCAUCAGGCCUUAAUCAAAUAGCUUGUUUAAUUAUUA